GGACCACUUCCUCUCCCUUGACCCCACCUCCCUCACUGUUGACCUACUCGAGCAGCACCUCCUUGCAGCUGAGACUAGUGCAGUAGCUGUAGGUGCUCCUCGUGGCACUCCGCGCACGCCCUUUUUUGAGAGGUGCUCCCCCUCCCCCCUUGCCCCCUCCUACGCCUCUGCUGCUGCUGUUGACGUCCUUAGUACUGAGGAUGUCGGGGCUGCUUCUGCUAGUGCGAAGCGCUGCAGCAGCAAGGGCAGGGGUGGCAGGGGUGGUGGAGGGGGCAGCAGGAGUGGUGGUGGGGGCAGCAAGGGAGGCAGUGGCGGCAGUGGAGGUGGUGGCAAUGGUGGGAGUGGUGGAGGGAGUGGGGGCGUUGGUGGCGGCGGUGGAGGCAGCGGUGGGAGUGGCGGUAGUGGCAGCGGUGGCAGUAGUGGCGGUAGGACUGGAGCUCAGCGUGGAGGUUCUGGAGGAGGCCAGCGGCAGCGGCAGCAGCGCCGGAGCGAGACCCCUUCGCCCCAGCAGCUUCGUGGGUGGUUGUUUCAGCGUGGGGCGUCUGGGGGUAGUGUGAGCUGCCCGUAUGUCAUUCGCACGGGUGACCGUGCUGGUCAGACAUGCGGGAAGUUUCACUCUCAGCACCGCUGCUUCUCCUGUCUUGACGACGCUUAG